AUGACUGACUCUCUUUCGGCGGCUACCUGUGCCAUUUAUGUUAUCCUCGCCUUUCCUGUUUUAUAUUUGUUGUUCAAACAUGGCCGGAAUGGCUUUCUAGGAUGGCUGUUUCUCUUCGUCUUCUGCGGUCUGCGGAUUAUAAGUGGUGGUUUGGGGGUCAAAUCAUCCGACAGCGCUGCCGCCAGCAUCAUCUCAAAUAUCGGCCUGUCUCCUCUCCUUCUCACAACAGCUGGUAUUCUACAUGAAGCCCGCGCCUAUCGCAUUUUCGGCAUCGAUAAGAAACUCGAAUGGGCUCAAACCCUCUUCUUCCAUAUCCUAGUAGGCGCCGGCGUCGCCCUAACCGCCGCUGGAUCCGCAAAACUCCAGCACCACGAUCAGCCCAUCGACAAAGCUGAGAAGAUUAUCAAAGUCGGUAUUGUCAUUUUGGCCGUUUGUUGGGGGAUUUUGGUGGGUUGGACGGCGUUGUCGUUUAGGGCUCCCAGGGGGGAUGGGCCUGUUGUGCGUGCGGGGACCACGAUGCUCGGAUCCAUCGCCUGCUGCCUCGUCUUAAUUGGCGUCCGCGUUUUCUACAGUCUCGUCGCGAUCUGUACGCAGGCGGCAUAUCUCAACCCCCGUACCGGUACGCUCGUCAUCCGCGUAGUAUUGGGCUUUUUGCCGGAGUUGCUUGCGACGCUUGUUUAUAUCUGCGUGGGUAUUCAGACUAGAGGGGUGGCGAAGCUGGUUCGUCAUGGCGUUGCGGGAUAUAAGCCGUCUGCGCCUUAUGUUUGA